AUUUGACGAAUAACUAACUGUGGAUUACAAAUAGUUAUUGAAACGAAAUAAAAUUUAAUCGACUAAUAAAUCUUAUUCGACGAAUAACUAUUCACUGAUUUAUUUUUUGUUGGUGAAACCGACCCUAAUUUUAAUGUACGUACGGCUGUGAUAGCUUAAAUAGUAAAUAGUUCCUGCUAGUAAUUUAUUCGUAGAAGAUGACUCUUAUGUACUUCAUUUUUCUUGGACUAGCCUGUUUGGGAGCUAAUGGAGAAGAAGACAAACUUAAUGGUAUUGUAGUGAUGUACAGACAUGGUGAUAGAACACCUGUUGAUCCUUACCCAAAUGACCCCUACAAGAAUAGAUCAUUCUGGCCUAUUGGAUAUGGACAGCUUACGAAUAAAGGAAAACAGCAGCAUUUCCAGCUGGGGCAAUGGUUUAGAGAUAGAUACGACGGAUUUUUGCCAAGAAACUUUCUAGUAGACGAUAUUUACGUGAUGUCAUCAGACUACGACAGAACCCUUAUGUCAGCCGAAGCAAAUCUGGCCGGCCUCUAUCCGCCUGUAAAGACACAAACAUGGGAACCGAAACUCAAAUGGCAGCCUAUUCCAGUACACUCCAGUCCCAAAAAUCAAGACGCGUUAGUAGCUGCCCAGAAACCUUGUGCUAAGUAUGACCAGUUGUUGAAACAACUUUAUAAAUCGGAGUAUUUUAGAAACGUGAGUCAUAACAACCACGAUUUAUUUGCUUAUUUGACGAGGUAUACUGGACAUCUAGUAGCAGAUCUGAAAGAAAUUCAAUACUUGUAUAGUAAUCUAUAUAUAGAAACUGUGUUCAACUAUACUCUACCUCCAUGGACCUCCAAAGUUUUUCCCGGUAAAUUAAAGGCUUUAGCUAGUGUAGGCUUUGCAGUAGAUACUUGGACGCCUGCAAUGGCUAGGAUCAAAACAGGUCCUUUUUUUAACUAUGUAACAAGCUAUUUUAAAAAUAGGACUUCGAAGAAUCCAACCGAUACGAAAUUGGUGGUGUUUUCCGCUCAUGAUACAAAUAUUGCCAAUGUGCUUAACGCGAUGGGAGCCUUUGAUCGUCACUGUCCUCCUUAUACAAGUACCAUAAUGUUCGAGUUGUGGAGAAGCUCUAGUGGUGAGGACUAUGUUAACAUUUUGUACAAGAAUACUACCGAACCUCGACCAAUAGCUUUAAAAAAUUGUCGUCUUAAUUGUAGCCUGUCUGAUUUUGUUGAGAUUUUGAAACCUAUUACCGUAAGUUUAGACCAAUGGGAGAAAGAGUGUGUGGUUAGAUGGGAUUUUGUUUGGCCUUUGACGUUCCAAUGGAAUAUUAUUCUGAUAUGUUCAUUAAUAACAGUCAUUUUGCUGUUAUCGGCGGUGAUAGUAGGUGUCCGGAAAUCCAGAAAAGAAUGUGAUAAUAAUUAUAUACAGUUGCCGAAUGAGGAGUACGCCUAGUCUAUUAAUUCUAGGGAGAUUGAUAGGUUUGAAUUGAUUGGUAAAAUUGGACUGAACUGUGUAGUAUUUAAAUAAAAUAUUGAAAAAUGUUGUAACUUUAGGUUAAUGAUGACAUUGCGGCGAUAUUAUCAGGUAAAAAUGGGUAAUUACGGGUAUUUACGAACAAAUGAGUUUUAAAUUUUUUUAUUGUUUUAAGUUAACAUAAAUUUGAAUGUAUUAAAUAACACCUGCAAGGAAAACAUAUAAUUUUAUGAAAGAGUAUGAUAAAUUGUCGUGUUUUUACGUAGAAGUUACGUAGAAUACAUUACAAACAUAAAACGGUUCAUAAAGCCAACAACAAGAAUUAUUUGUUUGUUGCCAUAUAAUGCGUGUCUUAAAAUUCAAGCAGGAUUUGAAUUUGCCGCCCUUUGCGUACAAAAAAGACAAACAGUUUGACAGCUGUCAGUUUAGAGUAAAAAUGGGGCGUUACAUGAGUGAAAACGUGAAAACGCGUUUUCAUUGUUGAUAGUGCAGUCAGUGAGGGUAUUUGACUCAGAAUUCCAUCCUACUGCAUAAAUUUACUUCAUACUUAUUUUCACUGUAAGUAAGCAAUAACUCAAGAAACAAAGUCUACCCUACAUUCUAUGCCGCUUUUAUCUUGGGGUGGUUCCCACCCCUUCCCGGGGCUGAAAAUUUUUUUAGUCAAAACCACCAAAAUGGCUAGAGAACCUAAUCGUAAGCCAAAACUGUUCUAUAAUUUUUUUGAAAACUCUAUACUUUUUGAGUUAUUCGUGGUUGAAAAUUUACCAUUUUCAUUGAAAAAUGACCUUUUCGGACGUUUUUUGCGAAUACCUUAAAAAUUAUGCAUCUAACGAAAAAAACUAUGUAAAAUAUUUUUGUAGCUUAUGAAAAAUCAAAGAAAUUCAUUUCUUCAUAAAUCUUCUAGUUAUAAUAUUUGUAAAAUAUUUAACCCUUAAGUACUAACAUCUUAAAUCAAUGACGUAAACACUAACUAACCGCCUGACAGACGGGUUUAAUAUUUUAGUGUUAUUUUUUUUAUUGUUAAAAAAUAUUUGAAUGCAAAAAAUCUUUCGGUGACUUACUGAAAGUAUUAGUUAUCUAAAAAACACAGUAAUUAAUCUAGUCAUUCUGUAUUUAUUAAAAUAAAACACAUUAUAACAAGAAUGGAAGAAUUUGUUUGUGUGCCUUUUUACUUUUUACUCCUGAAAAAAGUGUGAUAAAAAUUAAACAAAUUAAAGAAUCUUGAUAAAAAUUUAUAAUCGAGUUAAAUGAAGAGUAAGAAACAUGAAAAUAAAAAGGUUUUUUUUAAAAAUGUUGAAACAAAAAAAACUGACACGCACUAAAAUUGGUAUAGUGUAGCAAUGGUAGUCAGUGGCAACAUUAUUUUCAUCACAAAUUGAUUCCACUUCGCUUAUGUCACCUUCUACCUCAUCAAACCGUUUCAAAAGAGUUUCCUUAGAUUCUUUAUCCCCUUAUUUGAUCUUUUUUGACGAACUGAGCACAUUAUGAUUAAUGACGAACUGGACACAAACACUAACACCCCGUCUAUUAGACGGAAAUCACACUUUGAGUCUAAAUAUCUUUCGAAUAACAACCUGCCGCAAAUUGCCGAAUUCAAUACAACUAAAUAACAACGUAACUUGAAAAGUCAUAAACGGGUGACCUUCAAAAUUUUCUAGGAGGAGAAAUAUCCCACUUUCGACAAGCGAUGCCGUCUGAGAGACGGGGUGUUAGUACUUAAGGGUUAAGUAAUGUUAUGUAAAAUAUUUUUAUAGCUUAUGAAAAAUCAAAGAAAUUCAUUUCUUCAUAAAUCUUCUAGUUAUAAUACAAAAAGAGAUAUGGUAGGUGGAAAGAGAUUUUUUUGGUGUAUACUCAAAGCGGUGUAUUCAAUUGAAAUUAACAGAGAAAUGGUCGAUUUUAGGCGUAUAAUGCUACUAAUACCUUUUGUAGUGCUUGGAAACCCCUUUAAAAUGAGCACUGUUUAAUUACAUUGUCGAUUACAUUUAAACUAAGCGAGAUAUGCUGCCAAAAAAAUUGAUGACUAAUGUAUUUUAAGGAAUAAUAAGAAUUUUUAACUCCUCAUCCACCAGAAUUUAAAUGCAUCGUUUUACUUCUACAAUACCUUUUAUUAUAGUGUUAUGUCUGAAGUUGAACGUUCAUUCAUUAAAAUGAACAAUAAAAAAAAAUAAGAUCAAAUUUCGCAUUUAAAAAAAGCGCAUUUUUAAGGUUGCUUAAAAAUCUUCCUUUUUCUCCAUGUAACUCGAAAAUGAUUGAUAAGAGAUACAAAAAAAGAUACAGUACAAAAAUAUAGGGUUUUUUAUACAUAUAACAAUUUUGUUUUUUCUUCCAUUACCGUAUCUCUAUCAUUUUCGAGUUACUUGGAGAAAAGGGAAGAUUUUUAAGAAAAUUUAAAAAUGCGCUUUAUAAUUUGAUCUUAUUUUUUUUCAAAUACCAUGCAUUUUAAACCCUUUCAACUUUUUGCACAUAGAAAUAACACAUAAAAGGUAUUGUAAAAGUAAAAUGAUGCAUUUAAAUCUGAUCGCAUUUAUCUUAAAAUAAAUUAGUCAUCACUUUUUUGCACCAUAUCUCGCUUAGUUUGAAUGUAAUCGGCAUUAGCAUGCUCUUAAAGGUCUUUUCUAGCACUACAAAAGAUCUUAAUAGCAUUAUACCCUUGAAUCCACCAUUUCUCUGUUAUUUUAAGUUGAGCACACCGCACACACAUAAUUUAGUCUUUAUUGUGCUAUAUUCCUGAGAGUUUAGUUGAUUCAAAGCUAUUUGAUAGAGCUAUGUAUAUGGAAGGAGUUGGGAGAUGCCUAUACCCAUAAAUGGACUAUAGAAGGCUAAAAGAAUAAUGUAUAAGGUAUAUAAAAGUAUAGAACUACAAAAAACCGUCUUUUUAAAAACACAAUUUAAAUGUAUUCGUUUCAAGAAAAAACAAAAUGAUUGGCAUGCUCAUUAUCACUAAUUGGUAGUAUUAGUUAAUCGACAUUUGCUUCCGUUCGGAAUUACCCAUUUUUACCAUAAUCGAAUGAUUAAAUAAUGCAUCAAGCAGGUUGAUCCAAAGUUAUGGGCAUUCAAAAUUAAUGAAUUAUAAAAUAGACAACGUGAGCUUAUAUAAUAUUCUGAAAGUAUAGAUAUACUGUUGUAUGGUUUCACAAAGUCCCGUUAAUUUGACAAUUUGACACUCUUUCAUUUUAUAUGUUACAGUUCAAGUUAAUUAUCCAGUUGGAGUUGACUAUUCCUAAUUCGAGUCAACUCAACCGGCUGGUUUUAGUAAAAGUUGAUUUUAAAUAUAAAAUGAAGAUUUUUAUUCAACAUUUACUAGUAAAAGUAGACUCCAACUAGAAAAAGUAUACUCUUCCCAAUGCCAUUUAGUAAGAGUUGAUUCACACAAACAACCGAUUCUAGAAAUUAAAUGUUACUGGAUAUGUUCAAAUCGUGAUAAGUAGUUGAAACGGUCAACACAAAGAGACGCACACUUAUCAGAAAAGCACUCGAGAUUAUACUCGUAUAAUCUACGUUUACUGAAUCGAUCCAGGAAUAGUCAACUCAAACUAGUAAGAGUUGAUUCUAUUUUUCCCGCGAUCUACUUUUACUAACAAUGGUUAGGAAGAGUCAAGGGCGGUCAUAAGGGUGGGGCCAUGGGGGCCAUGGCCCCCCCCAAAGGUGGCAAUGCACCUUAAAUAAACUUGUCUAGUAACACAGGAUAAUGUUAUGUUAAUAUAUUUUAAAUUAUUUACUCUGUAAAUUAAUUAUUUUGAAUGGAUUCACAUACGGAUUUUGAAAUACCUAGAUACUGCAAUCUGUAAUAAUGAUAAUUAAUCAUAAUGCCUGUCUCUUCAACUCUGGUUACGCCAAUGCAAGUGCAUCGCCUUCUGCGCGAAUCCCGACACCGGCGACGUCCAGUGUAGAAACAGAAACAUAAGAAUGCCUAUGUACAUAUUUUUUUAUGGAAGUUAUAUCGUUGUGUAUUGUGUAGAAAUUUGAACGUUCUGAAGUAUCUAUCGUCUACCCGAUAUACACUAUCGUAUCGUAGUUAUAGAGGUGACAUAGGUGCAGUGCACUAUAUACAGGGUGUCCCGAAAAGAAUGGUCAUAAAUUAUACCACACAUUCUGGGGUCAAAAAUAGUUCGAUUUAACCUAACUUACCUUAGUACAAAUGUGCUCAUAAAAAAGUUAUAGCCCUUUGAAGUGACAAAAUGAAAAUCGAUUUUUUUCAAUAUAUCGAAAACUAUUAGAUAUUUUUUAUUGAAAAUGUUCAUGUAUCACUCUUAUUGCAGGAACAUCUUGAAACAAAAUUUUAGUGAAAUUUGUCCACCUAAUAAAAAAUUUAUGGGGAUUUUGUUCCCUUAAACUCCCCCAAACUUUUUUGUACGUUCCAAUUAAUUGAUUAUUGUGGUACUAUUACUUAAACACGACGUUUUUAAAACUUUUUUGCCUCUUAGUAUUUUUUCGAUAAGUCAGUUUUUAUUGAGAUGCGGCUUCUUUUUCAAUAUAUUUACGUAAAAAUUGUAUGGGGGGUUUGUUCCUUUAAACCCCCCAAAUGAUUGUGUACGUUCCAAUUAAAGUAUUAUUGUGGUACCAUUAGUUAAACACAGUAUUUUUAAAACUUUUGCCUCUUAGUCUUUUGUUCAUAAGUCACCUUUUAUCGAGAUGUAGCUUCUUUUUCAAAACAUACCUAAAAAUGUAAAUUAUAAAUAAAUUUUCAGAUUAUUAACAGGUCUCUAUAAUCGUACUUAACCAUAUACAAAUAUGUGGUGGAUUCGAUAAAUAUUCAAAAUAUCUCGAUAAACACUGGCUUAUCGAAAAAGUACUAAGAGGCAAAAAAGUUUUAGAAAUAAUGUGUUUAACUAAUGGUGCCACAAUAAUAAUUUAAUUGGAACGUACACAAAAGUUUGGGGGGUUUAAGGGAACAAAACCCCCAUAAAAUUUUUAUGGGGUGCACAAAUUUUACUUAAAUUUUUUUUUAAGAUGUUGCUGCCAUAUAAAUGCCACAUGUCCAUUUUCAAUAAAAAAUCUUUGAGAGUUUUCGAUAUAUGAAAAAAAAUCGAUUUUCAUUUUGUAACUUCAAAGGGCUGUAACUUUUUUUGUGUGUACUAUUGUAUAUAGGUAAGUGAGGUUCAAUCAACCUAUUUUUGGCCCCAGAAUCUGUGGUAUAAUUUAUGACCAAUCUUUUCGGGACACCCUGUAUAUUGCCGGAUUGUAAUCAUCAUUUUAUUCCAGGGUGACAGAUGAGUAAAAAUCCAUAGAUAGGUUAGGAAUAAUUUUCUGUUUGCUAACGGAACGAAUACAUCAGCAAUGAGUAAAUAAUACUCUGCAGUUUUCUCUCGUCCAGCGCAGAUGUUCGCUAUGUAGGAUGCUAUUUCGAAAUACAAAAGUUAAUAGAUUCCGAUUUGAACGAAAAGUGACUGCAAAUUAUUAUUAGGCUCAAAUUAAAAAACCUGGGCAUAUCCAUCUCUCGUUUGGCCGGAAUCACAAAUGUUCUUUUUUUCAGAAAAUGAAGAGGGCAAACAAUACGAAUACGUUGAAUUCGUAUUUUUCUGUUGUUCCGAAGAAAGUAAUUAAAGAUGUGGGUGAUAAUGGGUCAUCCCGGUCAUCUUCCUCAUCGUCUUCUCAACAGAAUCUCGUAGUGCCAGAACGACUUACAACAGUAUCAACAUUACAAACAUCAGUUAAUAAUGAAAAUACUCUAAAGCAAGUCGCUGUAGAAAAGUCCAAUGAAGUUAGUAACUACGACAUUGGUCGAGUUGUUGAUGGUUUGAGUGGUUUGGGAGACUUUCAAAAAUAUAAUUAUUUGAAAAAUACGUGGAUUCCGGAAAAAAACUACUCAUUUCCAUUUUCUGAACAUAACAAAAAUAACAAGUUAGUUAAGCGGUACUUGAGAUACGAUCAUCUCCAAAAAUAUAACUGGAUUGCGUUUUCGGACUUGAAGAAAGGACUUUUUUGUAAGCACUGUGCUAUCUUCGCAAAUUCAGGUGGUAAAAAUAAAGCAACAAGUUUGCAAAGUUUGGUUACCACACCAGUUACAAAAUUUGCAAAAUUAUUUGGAAUGGAUGGUGUGCUAGAUAAACAUAAUACAAAUCGAUAUCACAUUGAAGCGGUUUUAUCGAGCGAUAAUUUUAUAAAAUGUUACGAAAACCGAUCUUUAGAUAUAAGAAAUUUGAUAGAUAGUGCUCGAGCCAGGCAGAUAGAGGAUAAUCGAAAUCGGCUCAAACCAAUCAUUCGAUCUAUAAUUUUUUUAGCCAAACAAUGUAUACCUUUCCGUGGCCAUAGAGAUGACGGGCCAUUGUUAGAAGAAAGCAAUGUGACAAAUAAUGAGGGAAACUUCCGAGAGCUUCUUCAAUUCAGAAUCGAAGCAGGAGACAAAACUUUAGAAGAGCAUUUAAGAAACACGUCGUCACGUGCCACAUAUAUUAGCAAAAGAACGCAAAAUGAGUUGAUUGAAUGUUGUAAAGACGAAAUUUUGUCUGUUAUCGUGAAAAAAAUUAGUGAUGCUAAAUAUUACAGCAUUAUGUUUGACGAAACUACUGACAUAGCACGUUUCCCAAAUGUCGAUUGUUAUUAGAUACUUAGAAGGUAACAACGUGCGGGAGGAUUUUGUGUCAUUCAUAGAUUGUCAUUCUGAGAACUAUGAGCUCAGUCCCGAUACGUUGGAGCCGGUUUUGAAUGGUACUAUUUUAGGAAAAUCAGUGAUAAAACAAGUUCAAAAAUUUCGUUUACCAUUGGAAAAUUGUGUAGGAAUUUGUACAGACGGAUGCAGCGUAAUGACAUCAAAACAACAAGGAGCCGUCCAAGAAAUUCAAAAAGAUAUGAAUAUAGCUGUACGAUGUCCAUGUUUCAAUCAUGCUUUAAAUUUGAGUUUGUCGAAAUCAUCAAACGUUCAAUGUGUGAGAAAUGCUGUAGGGGUAAUGAAGGAAAUAAUAUCUUUUUUCAAAGCCUCUUCUAAACGCAAUUAUGUCCUCAAACAAACAUUGGGUGAUCAGCUCUCUGGAUUGUGUGAAACGCGAUGGGUAGAACGGCACGACUCCGUUCUGCAGUUUAAAGCAUCGAUUGAAAAAAUUUUGCAAGCUUUGAAUUUGAUUUCCGAAUGGAACGAAAGAGAAUCUUCCAGUAAAGCUAGGACGCAUAUACUUGCGAUCUCAUCAAAUUGCAGCUUUAUUAUCACUUUGUUUUGUCUAAAUGAAGUACUCGCAAUAACGUUACCUCUGAGCAAAUUAUUGCAAACAAAAAAUUUGGCUAUAAGCUCUACACAGAAUGCUGUUCUAAAUACGCUGCUUGUUUUGAAAGACAAACGCAACAAUGCAGAAACAAAUUUCAAUGCUUUGCUUAAAGAAAUAAUGCCAUGUCUAGAAAAUUUGAAUAUAGAUUUAUGUAUUCCAAGAGUGAAUAAAUUCAUGAAAAAUCGACCUAAUCCAGAUAUUCAUUCCUCCACAGAAUACUUUCGAAUAACGAUAUAUAUUCCUUUACUUGAAAGUAUCAUUUCCGACAUUGAGUGUCGUUUCCAGCAAGAAACCAUGGAUGUAUUUAAUCUGCAAGUAUGUGUUCCUGCUAUAUUAAUUCAUUCAAAUGAAGAUGACAUCCAUUCCGCCGUAGAAAUUUUGAUUGCAAAAUAUGGAAGUUUGUUUGAGACAGUUAGAGACGUGCUGAAGUCAACUUUUAUUGCAGAGCUACAUUUAUGGAAAAUGAGAUGGAAACACAGCAAAGAAUCGGAAAUUCCGAGCGAUGAUCUAAAUGCUCUCAUACAAUGUGAUGAAAUGAUGUAUCCAAUCAUUAAUAAAAUUUUAAAAAUAUUGUGUACUCUUCCAGUAAGUGUUGCAUCUGCAGAGAGGAGUUUUUCAGGACUGAGAAGACUUAAGAGUUGGCUGAGGGCCAAUAUGGGUGAAGAACGGUUAACUGGCCUUGCACUAAUGCAUGUCCACAAGGACAUUGUUAUUAACGAAGACAAUAUAAUAGAACGUUUCGCUAAAAGUGGAGUGAGCCGAAACAUAGAGUUCGUCAUGUACAGUGUGAAAAAUGAAAGAAUACCCAUGAACGAACAUAUAAAACACGCUGUAUUUUCCUGUCACCGUUCCACAGAAAAAAUUGUCCAGAGCAAGUACAUGUAACAAUAAUUAUUACAUGUACUGGCGCUGGCCAAUUUUUUGUUCGACACGGUGACAGGAAAAUACAGCGUGUUUUAUAUGUUCGUUCAUGGGUAUUCUUUAAUUUUUCCUACUGUAGAGUAUUAGUUUUUUGUUUAUAAUUUCAUUUCAUUCGAGUUAUUGUUAUUUUCUCUUUUCAAUAUAUAAAACAUCCCAUUCUGCGUUUUGUGUCUGUAUUGAAAUUGAGAGCUAAUAUCUAAUUGUGCAAAAUGCCCCCCCCCCCCCCCCCUGAAUUAAGAUAUAUGACCGCCCUUGGGAAGAGUCUACUUCAACUAGUAAAAGUUGAAUUAAGUUUUUCAAAUCAACUCUUACUGCUCGUUUUAUUUGGACUUGACUCGAACUGGGAAUAGUCAAAUCUAACUGAGACUCAACUUGAACCGUAACAUAUAUAAUUAACACUACAACAAACUAUUAACAAAAUUCAUUUCUAUCGUUAGAAAUUCCUCCCUAUCAAAAACUUCAUCAGUUCAAAUCAAAUGUAUUUUAAACUGUUUGCGUUAACAGUUUCAUACUUAUAUUGCAUAGAUUUUGUCUUGUUCUUGCUUGAGCUGUUCUUCUUCUUCUUCUUCUUUAAGUGCUAUCUCCCAAUCGGAGGUUGGAUAUCAUCAUCAUUAUUUUCGCUUUAUCUACCUCUGCUAUUGAACUGCAUUUGAACCAGUCCCUUAAUCUUUUCAACCAUUACCCCCCUCUUAUCUUUCCCUGUGUUAAAAAUCUUAGUAGACCAGGGCGCAUCUGUAAAAAUAUUAGUACAUUUGGAUGUUGAGAGGUGACUCAUUUUUUUGCACAAAUUACUUGAAAAUAACUCAUAUAAUAAUAUUUGAGUUAUCCUCCCACUCAAAAAGGUCCGGAACAUUGUUUAAAUAAUCAAAAUGUCAAAAAAUGAAGGAAAAAUUCGAUUUUUUUCUUCGUUUUUUGAUUAUAACUUUAAAAGUAUUCGUUUCCAAGAAAAGUUGCACUGACAUAAAAGUUGCGUAAUUAAAUUUAUUACAACAUAGGAUUAGUUAAAAAUUUUAAAAAUUGUCACCCUUGUUGCAAAAUAGCAAUAAUUGCGAAAAAACCAUAAAAAACAAGUAUUCGCAUUUUACGUUUUUCCACCAUUUAUACUACACCUAGGACCUUCAUAUUUCACCCAGAAAAACUUUAUGAUAUAACAAAACAAUACUGUAAAUUUCAUUAAGAUCGGUGUAAUAGAGUUUGCAAAAUAAAUUUUGCAAUCCAGCUUUCGCAAAAAAAAUCAUUUUUUCAAAAUUUUGCAAGACUGAAAAUAAAGCAGACGGCAAUUUGAAUUUUUUUUACAUAUAGAAGAAUACUGUACCUUUCAUUUACAAUUUUCAAAAUUAAAAUCGGUUAACUACCACGACGUCAGGAAUUUUUUUAAAUAAACAUUAUUUUUGGUGCUACGCGCAGGACAGCGGAUACGUUUGCUCUGAUUGGGCAUUCCAAUGACCUUUGAUAAUUAUUGAUAAAUUUUAAUUUUUAGUACAUUUCGGAAUAAAUAAAUAAAUUUGUUUAUUGCAAAAUAAAAACACAUACUCUGUCCUUGAAAUACAGUAGAACCCCGCAAAUCCGAACUAAUUGGGGGGACAGCCUGUUCGGAUUCCGAAAAGUUCGGAUUAUCCGAAAGUUAGCCUUAACUAGUAGUUCAAAGCUUUCAUUGUGAUUUUGAGUAGCCAAACGUUCUCGCAAGAGUCUGGACAAUAUUUUUGGAGUCAAGUUGACUACGAUAGAACCAAAGUAAGUUUGUGUUUAACCUUUAUAAACACUUUAUAAACCUAUAUAUUAAAGUAUAAUAUUUAUUUUUAAGAAAUUUUAAAUGUCAAAGUGCUAUAGUAAUCCAACAUUGUCCAAUUUUCUGGCUUUACUCUGUAUAAUAAACUUGUUUUUAAGUUUUUGUCUUGAAUUUUUAAAUUUUUUUCACUUUCCGUUGGUUCGGAUUUGCCGAAAGUUCGGAUUCGCGGGGUUCGGAUUUACGGGGUUCUACUGUAACACUUUUUUGACAAAAACUUUCUUUGUUCAUAUAUUUUAACUUCGAGAAUAAAAGUUUAUUAUUUUUAAACAUAUUAUGCCAUUGUUUAAACAAUAUUUCACAAACAAUAAUCAAAUUAGUUUGAUUUUUGUGGAAUUAAAAUAUUAAAAUACAACAAAAUAUAGAGUAAGAAACUAAGAAAGAAAAAACACCUCUGUCCUGCGCGUAGCACCAAAAAUUAAUGUUUAUUUAAAAAAAUUCCUGACGUCGUGGUAGUUAACCAAUUUUAAUUUUGCAAAUUGCAAAUUGCAAAUGAAAGGUACAGUAUUCUUCUAUAUAUGUACAUAAAAAAUUUCAACUUGCUAUCUGCAUUAGUUUCAGUCCUGCAGCAUUUUGAAAAAAGGAAUUGUUUUUGCGAAAGCUGGAUAGCAAAAUUUAUUUUGCAAAAUCUAUUAAACCGAUCUUAAUGAAAUUUACAGUAUUGUUUUAUUAUAUACUAAAGUUUUUCUGGGUAAAAUAUGAAGGUCCUAAGUGUAGCAUAAAUGGUUAAAAAACGUAAAAUGCGAAUACUUGUUUUUUAUGGUUUUUUCGCAAUUAUUGCUAUUUUGCAACAAGGGUGACAAUUUUUAAACCAAUCUUAUAUUGUAGAAAAUUUAAUUACGCAACUUUUAUUUUAGUGCAACUUUUCUCGGAAGUGAAUACUUUUAAAGUUAUAAUCAAAAAACGAACAAAAAAAUCGAAUUUUCCUUCAUUUUUUGGCAUUUUGAUUAUUUAAACAAUGUUCCGGACCUUUUUGAGUGGGGGGACAGCUCAAUUAUUAUUAUAUGAGUUAUUUUCAAGCAAUUUCUGCAAAAAAAUAAGAGUCGCCUCUCAACGUCCAUCUCAAAACAGAUGCGCCCUGGACUAUAUAUAGCAUUUCAUAUCGCUGUCUCCUAAUUACGUGCCCCAGAUAUUGUAACUUUCUUAUUUUGAUUGUGUUUAUUCUUUCGUAUUCUUUGCCCAUUUCUCGCAAUACUUUCGUGUUCGUUUUCUUCUGUGUCUAUUUAUUUUACAAACUGUGUAAGAUGUAUUUUUCCAGUAUGACUUGCAAAAUCCAAUCAGUUGCAGUAUCUAUUUCAAAAUCAGGUGCACCUGGUAUCCAUGACAAGAGACAAAGACAUAAAUGGAAUUUGGGCUCUGUGAAUUUGAAUUGAUUUUAUUUGUACCGCGAAAAACUUAUUUUAAGUUUUUUGAUCUACGAGCCUUGUAGGUUCUGAGCUAAAUAUUAUCUUCUUUCACUCUCUGCUGUCCUUAACCAUUUCUUCUCAGUUUCUAAUUUACUUCUGAUUUAGAUAAUCCGUAAUCAUCUCUGACCAUCUUGUUUUGGGCCUUUCUUUCCCCUGUUUUUGGUCACGUUUUCUCCAUCCAAUAUCUUUUACCUAUCUUGCAUUCUACCUAAAUAUCCCAACCAUUGUACUCUUCGUAUUCUUAUAACUUUAAAUGUUUCACGUUUUUGAGGGGUUCAUACAGUUCAUUAUUUGGCCUUCUAUCCCAUUAUUUUUCUCUUAGCUGCACAUCACAUAUUCUGCACAUAAGUUUCCGUUCCUAUCUUCCCAGCUUAUUUUGAGAUGUCUUAUUUAUAACCCACAUUUCAGCAAUAUACAGAAGAGUUAGUUUCAACACUUAAAAUUUUUUCUAAUUUUGUACUUUCAAAGCUGCUUUUAUUUCUGUUAUUUUUUUGCAUUUAUUGAUAAUACUAAGGGCCAACAAAUCUUUCCUUGUCUUACAUCGUAUUUUUUCUUGAAAUUGUAUGUUAUGUUGUGUAUUUAUUGAUCUCAUGGCAAUCUUAGACUAUUGCGAUAUUAGUGAGUUUUUAAUUUUACGUAGUGUUUUAGUCACACUUUCAUACCUUUAAUUUAAAUAAUAAAAAAAUUGUCAUAUAAUGGGUCAUAAUGAAAUUUAUUAUAGACAUAAGUAGCUAUGUCGGAACCAAGUUUUAAUUUUAAGUUUGAUUUUUAUUACACCUCGCCAAUGAGUGUUUUAUUGAUACAUACGUAAUUUUAUUUGCUCAAUUUUGUAAUGGUACACUGACGAAGGAGAUUUUGAAACGAUUUAUUCCGCUGUUCAAAAAUGUCAAAUCGUUCUCGACAAUCUGGCCUGUUGAAGUAGUAUACAGAAACUAUUUUAGCCAUAUCUGGUGGAGUAUACGGACACGUAUUCAACGAGUUCAAAGCUUUCAUUUAGCACGUUUCCUGCCACGUUGGUCCGAUGAGACAUUACUGGUGUUCGUUCAACAUUACAUAUUGUUCCGAUGGGAUCAUCAGAAGUUUUGUAUUUAUUAACAGAUCAUGUUGGUCCUAUGGAACAAACUUUUAUGCUGAUAUGUACCGAGCCGUCGGUGCUUAUUUAGUAAAAACUUGUGAACGGCUGUAGCUCAGCGGCAAUGUUCUGACUUCAUAAGCCAGAGCAAACGAGUUCGAUUCUCGGCACUAACAGCGACAUUUUCAUUUCUAAAAUGAUAUGAGAGGCGUGCACCGUGCUUCGGAGGGUACGUUAAGCCGUCGGUCCCCCUGUGCUAGUUGUGCAUCGACACUAGCUACUUCAAACAGGAUUAAAGAUGCAGUGGAGCCUGAACAAUCCGAAAGGAUCUCCCCGCAAAAAUGUCAUACGAUAUUAUCACACUAAAAACUAUCUAUGGUAACUCUAGAGAAAGUUUUCCUACAGAACCUACUGUCUUGUUUUCUGAAGUAAAAUAGGCAAUUAAAAUGCUAAAAAGAAAUAAAUUCCCAGGCAUUGACACUAUAUCAGGAGAAAUGAUUCAGUCAUUAGGUGACAAAGGAUUAUAAAUAGAUCAUUCCUUUUGUUUGUGUCGCUAUUUGGGAAAAUAUCCAUGUGGUUGGUGUAUACCUGAGUGACACAAGUGAGCAAACCGUAAACCCGAGACAAUUCAUUAAAAAGUCGAGAACAUUUCAAGUAUCUAUGAUAAUAUGCUUUGUUGACUACCAGAAGCCAUUCGAUUGUGCAAGCUUGGUAAAUCUUUGGUCCCUUUUAAUAUAGGUGGAUGCAUCGAUACACCUGGUGACACUUAUUAAAAAUUUGUACCAGUCCAAUAUGGCAAAAGUACAACUAGGUAUAUCAAAAGUUCCCCAGUCAAUUCAGAGCAAAGAGAGGGGUUACGACAAAGAUUUACCAACUGAACCUGACUUAUUCAAUAUUUAUGGUGAACUUCUUCUUCUUCUUAUGCAAUCCACUAAUGGAUGUUCGCGAUCACGUUUGACCAUUUUUCUCUAUCCCUUGCAGUAUGUAUUAGGUCUCCUAUGUUUUUUAGUCCUGUCCAUUGUUUGACAUUACGGAGCCAUGACAUUUUCUUCCUGCCCACUCCCCUUCUUCCUUCGAUCUUUCCUUCAAUUAAGGUUUGCAGAAACUGAUAUCUUUCAUUUCUAAUUAUGUGUUCCAGGUAUGCCGUUUUUCUCUGUUUAAUUGUGCACAUCAGUUGUCGUUCUGUACCAAUUCUUCUCAGGAUUUCUUCAUUUGUUAUUCUUGCGGUCCAGGGAACUUUAAGGAUUCGUCGAUAGAUCCACAUCUCAAAUGGUGAACAUGUCAUGAGAAUGGCUUUAGAAGGAUAGGUCGAUGUAAUAACGAUAUCCAAACCCAGAACAUAGUUUAACUGAUCCCCACCAGUGGGGCAGUCAGUCUUAAAAAUUUAUUAUUUUAGUUUUUAUCGUUGGAGUCCAGUCAUAAUAUAAGUGAGGGCUUGGUGCUGCGUCUGCAGCCAUUAGAGACUGAGUUGUAUAACAUUUGCUUGAUUACAAAUCAGAUUAAUUACUCUACCAUCCACUACAGCGUCAAAGAAAUUUCCUGGCUCACCAUUUGCCAACGUUUUAGCUACUUAAGCAUUUAUUUCUGAAGGAAUAGAAAAAGGUGCUAUUAGCUUGUAGGUACUUAUUAAUACUGGAACCCAGUUUGGUUUUAUUUUCGGUACUGGAUCUUCACUAUGUUGUGAAUCGAAGUUUGGUUCUGUAUUGAUAUUUUUCUCUACAAACUUUUGUAUAUUUUCCAGUUUCUUAAUUCUACGAAUAUGAUUCUUAUUCUGAGCUAGAGUUCUUUUCAUGAGAAUUUUUCAGUGCGUCACAGUUUUAAUUUCUUUCUAACGCAUUAAACUGUAUGUGACAGAAAAAAGGCACGUCUGUGAUUACAGACAUUUAUAACAUUUAUUCUAGUUGUCGAUAGAUGGCGCUGUAAUCGAAAAAAAAAUUAUUUACGAAUUAUAUAUCUCCGAAUAUAACCUGUACAAUUUAUAAAACUAUACAAAUCAAAGAAAAUACCAUUUUAUAAAUGCAAUAAACACAAUUGAUUUGUUUUUAUGCCAAAUUACAAAUAAAAUGUGACAACUGUCAGAUUUAAUUAAAAUGUCAUGUUAGAAUAAAUGUCAUAAAUGUGUAUUAUCCAGAGAUAUGUAAAGAGAAUAGAUCUGGCUAGGGAUAUGCCACUCAAUGCAUCGGGGUGUAACGCCGAUAUUAAGUACGGUGGUCUAGCUAUCUUUGCCUGUCGUGCGAGUGUGAUCGUAUCUACCAAGAGGUGGAAGUAAUGGAACGACAGUUACACAGAGGCGGCAGCCAUCAUAUGCUAGAGAGAGAAAUUUAAACGCUGGUAGAGAGAGAUAGAUAGACCACCGACCCGAACUGCUCCGCGUUACGCUAUUUUUCCGAGUUGGCCUAAUCUAUGUGUAUAAGAUCUUUGGUAUUAUCACGGUCUUACCUUUUUUCUAUCAUUUGUGACGCACUGAAAAGUGCUCAUGAAAAGGACUCUACACACUUAUACGCUAUCGGAAGCUUUGAAUGGUUCAUAAUUUGCAUCAGAAGUUUCACCCAAAUUGAAGCUUUUGCAAAUUGCAAAUCACGUUCUGUCAGAGAUUUAGAAUGAUGAGACAACCAAAAUCACGCAAAAUAUUGUAAAAAUAUAAAUUUUAACAGGGUGUAUUACUUACUUAAAUACAUUUUCGAAAGUACUUACAAAAAUAUGGUGGCGUGCACAACCACCUUGUUUAAAAAGACGAUUAUAUAGAGGCAUCGACAGAAAAUAUUGUUUUCAGAAAACGUGUUAAACAGCUUUCACAUUUGUUUUUUAUAUAGUAAGCGCCACGCUAGUAGACACACGGGUGCCUAAUUGCUAGGCUUGGGCUAAACCGGCCCGUUCUCACUUAUGAAUUUCUUUUCUGUAGUGUCAUGUGACUAUCAUAAAACUAUUCAAAAUAAUUGUUUUUCCAGACAAAAAAUACAUGAAUUAAUAGUAUUGUUACUUUGCUUUAAAAAAACUUUAUUCAAACACCAAAAAUAUUACAAUACUUACUUCAAAUACAACUGUUCUAUAAACUGUCAACUUUCUAUGUUUAUAUUACUUUCUACAGGGUGAUUGAUUAGUAGGGUAAAGCUCAAUAGCUCCGCUAUAGUAAUAAAUAUAAAUAAAAGUUAAUAACAAAAAUUUUAGCCACCUUUGAGCUUCACAUUACAAAAUUAGUUAGAAUGUUACAGGGUGUUCGAUAACACAGUGGCAGACCUAACUUAUGUUUUUUUAAAUGGAACACCCUAUAUUUUAUUUUAUAUUCGAAAUCCUGUUAACUUAUCCAUCACAAAAUAUAAAGGUUUGUAAUGUUAUACAGGGUAUUUACAAAGUUAUAACCAAUUUUGUAUGAAAAUCGUAACAAGUUCAACUCCCUGUAUAAAUAAAAAUAAGCACAACAGCAAUGGUUUAUUAAUGCCUUAUUCUAUUUUUCAUCUCAUCGUCAUAAACUUCAUUAUUAACGUAACCCCAAAAAAAUCAGUCCAGUUUAUUAAAUUCAAGUGAUUUUGGUGGCCACGCUACUGGUCCAUUGAAAAAUGAAAAUAUCUCGAAAACUAAUAAAUUUAGACAUAGGGAAUGUUAUCUAAAAAUGAAAGUACGUUAAUGGUACUUUUCAAUAGUGAUAUAAAAUACAGGGUGUUCCAUUUAAAAUUACUGAGAAAAUAAUGUACUUGCGUUUUGACUCACCCUGUAUUUGAUUUAAAGAAAAUUAGCAAUAUCGACCAUUCUUGAAAAUUUUGAUAAUACGUUAAAAAAUAUGGCAUUAAUAAACCAUUGUUGUUUUGCUUAUUUUUAUUUAUACAGGGAGUAGAACUUGUUACGAUUUUCAUAUUAAAUUUCUUAUAACUUUGUAAAUACCCUGUAUAACAUAACAAACCUUUAUAUUUUUGUGAUGGAGAAGUUAACAGGAUUUCGAAUAUAAAAUAAAAUAUAGGGUGUUCCAUUAAAAAAAACAUAAGUUUGGUCUGCCACUGUGUUAUCGAACACUCUGUAACAUUCUAACUAAUUGUGUAAUGUGGAGCUCAAAGGUGGCUAAAAUUUUUGUUAUUAACUUUUAUUGCUAUCUAUUACUAUAGCGGAGCUAUUGAGCUUUACCCUACUAAUCAAUCACCCUGUAUACAUUUUCUGGCAUUCUAGACGUCACUAGACAUAAAAGUAAACAGUGCAACAAGUGAGGGGUCCAGGACUGUAUUAGCUCAAUGUACCCGUGUGUCUAGUAGCACGGCGGUUACUGUAUACUUGGCCUUUUUUUACACAUUUACUAAUUUUUGUAUAUAUUUACAUGUACUUAAGUCAAACAAAGAACCCCAAAAGCUUCUCCUACUUCAAUAGUAACAAGUAAACCUCAUGUUUCACAUAUUUAUGACGUGAGGCAGUACUGACAAAUGUUCUUAAAAUUUCCUUCGUCUUCGUAAAUUUAUUUAUUUAUAAAUUAUUAUUAAUAUUUUUUUACUCUAUUUUUUUUAAUGUUAGAUACAACAUUUUUUUAUACAUAAGAUUUCAAUCAUUCACCAUUAAUUGUUCUCUUCAUUUUAUCUCUUUUCCUCUCUUUCUUGUUUUAUAUUCCUUUUCCCCCUUCAUUUUUUCUAUCUCCUACAUUACUUUCCUUGUUUCCUGUAUUGAUAAAUGUGCAUUUUAGGUAUUUAUACAGUGGGCACAAAAAAGUGAUAGAAUAGGGAACUUGAAUCACAACCGAAGACGAUUAAAAUCGAGAGAAAAUUCAAAUUAUAGCAGCCAGACCAAAACGCUCCCUCAUUGGUCGUGACGUCAUAUCAUUAUAAUGUUCGAGUUCCGCGUCAUUAAUUCAUUAUGUUUGAUAUUCGUUUGCUUGUUUGUAACCAUUUUAUGGUGUGUCUCAGUUUUAUAAAUCUUUAGAUAGUUGCUGUGUAGAUAUUUCAUAUUAUUUGAGUGUUUUUAUUAAGACAAUUUUUUUAAAAUGACCGAAGAGGGUUUUUCUAAAGGGGAAUAUGAUAACUUACCCAUUAUGAACAUAAAUAUUUAUUAUUAUGAUUAGUUUAUUUUAGUUUUAUAGUAAAAACAGUUCCAGAAAAAUAUUGUAUAGGUAGGUAAAUAUCAUUCAAUCUGUAAUGUACAUCUACCAAAAUAUACCAAAAGUUAUAAUAGUUUCUUUUUGUGCAAAAUACACUUGGUUUAUUAAAAAAAAACUAUUAAUCAGACAACAGACAUUAAAAUGUUCUUCACAUAAAUGAAGACUGUGAGAAUGAACUGAAAUUACUUCAAUUAGUCCAUUCUUUCACGGUUUUUGCUCUAAAUUUUAAAGAACCGCUUGGAUUGACAUGAAAUUUGGCAUACGUAUAGCUUACAUGUCAAAGAAAAAAAGUGAUAUUGUGCCGAUAUGUGCUUUUGCCCUGGGGGUGACUUUCACCCCCUCUUGGGGGUGAAAAAAUAUAUGUCCAAAAUAAGUCCGGAAAUGGGUAAACUGACUAAUUUUAAGUAACUUUUGUUCUAUAGAGCUUUUUCGCCAAGUCAACACUUUUCGAGUUAUUUGCGAGUGAAUAUGUUCAUUUUUCAACAAAAUAACCACAUUUUUAGACGGUUUUUCGCAAAUAACUCAAAAAGUAAGUAUUUUGUUGAAAAAAACGUUCCUAGCAAAAAUAUAGCCUAUAAAAAAGUAAAAAAAAAUGGUGUACGCGUUAGGUCUCUGGAUCUCACAGAACCAGAGUUACAGCCAAUGAAAAAUAGAUUCAUAUUCACCAAAUUUCAAAUAGAAUAUUUCGACGUGAAAUAUCCAAAAAAUUAAGCACUUUUUUGGGAAAAUACAUUUUAACUUUUUUAAAGUGUUUAAAAAAGCUUUAUUUUUGUUUUGACAAAAAGGUUCUAGCAUUAAAUUUAAGCAAGUUACGCUCAAAAUAAAGUAGGUCCCUUUUGUUUUUGUGCAAAAAAAAAUCGGGAAGACCACCCCCUAAUUAGCAACUUAAAUGAAAUUAAUCGUUACCGCUCCACAAAUUAUUUUACUUAUGUUGUGUUUAUAUGAUCUGUAAGUUUCAUCGAUUCAAAGUGCUUAUUUUUGAAAAAAUUUGGUUCCAAAGUAAAAUAUUUAAAAAUUUAAAUUUUGAAAAAUAUGUUUUUUUUUUCAAAAUAACUUAAAAAUUGUUAGAGAUACCAAAAAUCUCGAAAAACAAAAAAAAGUCGGCAUUGCUUUUCUGAAUAUCAUGUAUUUUUUUGUUUUUCUGUCGGACAAAAAUUGAUUAAGAUUUGGUGUUUCUAAAUUUGCAUAGAUUCGUGAUCAGUGACUCGUUCAACCCCUUUUAACUACAGCCCUUUCAAUAAUAAGGACUUUGAACCGAUGAAACUUACAGAUCAUAUAAACAAUAUAUACACGAGUCAAGAAACUUGUGAAGUCGUAUAUUAAGUUCAUUUAAGAUACUAAUUAGGGGGUGAUUUUCUCGAUUUUUUACCAAAACCAAAAGGGACUAACUUUAUUUUGAGCGUAACUUGUUUAAUUUUGAUGCUAGAAAUUUUUUUUAUAAAACAAAAAUGAAGCUUUUUUUAAACACUAUAAAUAUGUUGCAAUGAGUUUUCCCCAAAAUGUGCUUCAUUUUUGGCUAUUUCACGUUAAAGUAUUUUAUUUGGAAUUUGACGAAUAUGAACCUAUAUUUCAUUAUCUAUAACUCUGCUUCUACUAGGUGUGGACACGUGAUAAAUACACCAUUUUUUUAAAUUUUUUACAGGCUAUAUUUUUGUUAAAAAUGUUUUUUCGACAAAAUAGUUACUAUUUGAGUUAUUUGAGAAAAACCGUCUAAAAGCGUGGUUAUUUUGUUGAAAAAAUGAACAUAUUCACUGCCAAAUAACUCAAAAAGUAUUGACUUAGUGAAAAAACUCUAUAGAACAAAAGUUACUUAAAAUUAGCCAGUUUAUCCAUUUCCUGACUUUCUUUGGACAAAUAUUUUUCACCCGCAAGAGGGGGUGAAAACCACCCCCAGGGCAAAAGCACAUAUCGGCACAAUAUCACUUUUUUUCUUUGACUUGUUAGCUAUGUGUAUGCCAAAUUUCAUGUCAAUCCAAGCGGUUCUUUAAAAUUUAGAGGUUUUGCAAUAUUUUACCGUUAAUGAACGGACUAAAUGUAAUUUAACAUUUUUGCUUAUCGACUGGUAAUAUAAUAAAUAUUUUAUUGGGGUUUUAAUGGUUGUCUGUAACACAAAAUGGUAUGUACUAAGCAACACAUAGUAAUUACUUUUAUUUUUCAUUGUAAACACACAAUUCAAUACUAUCUCUUCAACAACUGUAUUCAACCAACUGCAAAGUAAACAAAGGGGUAUAUAAUUUUAUAUUAGACAUGAGAAAUGUCAUUAUAAAAUAUUAUGAUCUGACGUCACAAGGGUUUCGCGCGAUUUUUCGAUCGUUUGAAAUGAUUUAAAAACACGAGAAGAUUUUAAAUUUGUACUUAAGAGGAAAGGAACAUUUUGACGCUUGUCAAAAUUUUCAAUAUAUUUUAAAUGUAAUCAUUUUUUCGAAUCCUGAGAAAACUAAUACCUAAGUAUUUUUGAAAAAUUUAAACGCAGAAUGAAAUAUAUUACUUUAUUACCGAGGGACAAGCAAGAAACCCAUUAUGAACGGCCGGCACGGCACAGCCCGGCCCGGCACAGGACAGUCCAAAUUCAUUUGUAUAGUUUUAAAUGCAACGUAACCCAUUAUGAGCGGCCGGCUCGGCCCGGCACGGCACAGCACAGGCCGGCACGUCCAAAAACCCAUUUGUAACGGCCGGCACGGCACCGGAAAAAUUAUCAUAUAUUUUAAAAACUAUCGUAAAAUAAAAGUUUUUAAAAGACAUAAACUACACAAUUUUAAAGAAUAUGCAUCAUAUUAAAAAACGAAUUCAUGGUUAAAAGAUAAUGUACGUACCUGCCCAUUGAUAGAAAUUUUCGGAUAUUUGUAUCCAUGUAUUUGUCCUUUUUCUUACUAUCAUGAUAACUUGAGUCCGAUGCAUCAUACAAAAAUGGGUAUUCUCUGACACUCUCAAUGAAAAGUUCGUCCAUAUUAUUUUAUUUCAAAAGAAACAACGCGCUUUCAAUUAAAAAAUCAACAAUAUAUCUGCUUAUUACCAAUUAUGACGCACUGGCGCCGACUGGCCGUUCAGGCCGUUCGACUUCUACGGAUUUUAUUCUCCUCGGAGAAUUUUGGCCGUUCCGUUUUCGGAUAUUUGUACCCAUGUAUUUGUCCUUUUUCUUACUAUCAUGAUAACUUGAGUCCGAUGCAUCAUACAAAAAUGGGUAUUCUCUGACACUCUCAAUGAAAAAUUCGUCCAUAUUAUUUUAUUUCAAAAGAAACAACGCGCUUUCAAUUAAAAAAUCAACAAUAUAUCUGCUUAUUACCAAUUAUGACGCACUGGCGCCGACUGGCCGUUCAGGCCGUUCGACUUCAACGGAUUUUAUUCUCCUCGGAGAAUUUUGGCCGUUCCGUUUGCGUGCUGGACUGUGCCAGGCCGAGCCGGCCGCUCAUAAUGGGUUACGUUGCAUUUAAAACUAUACAAAUGAAUUUGGACUGUCCUGUGCCGGGCCGGGCUGUGCCGUGCCGGGCGUUCAUAAUGGGUUUCUUGCUUUAGAAUGAAUAAAAAGUUUAUAGUAAAGUCAGAAUUUGGUAUUAAUUUUGAGAGUAAAUUAAAUGUAAGACCAAAUACUUACGAUGUCGGGAUAGUAUCACGAGGGUUUUCCUGGUUUUCCCUCGUGAUUUACUAUGAGAUCUCUAACGCGAGAAUUUUAAUGUCACCGUUGCAUAUGGUUGUCUUUUUAAAGACAGAUCACAUGCUAUGAUUUUUUUGUGACGGAUAUUCUUGAGUUGGGGUUGAUUUCAUGUAAUCGAAUGAACUAUCUUUCAGUAAAGUCGUCCCAGGAACGCAACUCAUAAAUAUUGGCAAUAUCAUUUUAAAGUCUUCUACUUUAAAAUGUAUCAUAUGUAUCUGAAUUGCCGAUAUAAAUGAGUCAAAUUAAAUAAAUUAUUAGAAAAAUUUUUUUAUAAAGCAAGAACAUUUUUGUUUAUGUUAGUAGUAUUUUGUAUUUUGACAACGGCACCCGAUUUGGGCGUCGAAACGUUAAUAAAAAUCAUUUUUAAUAAUAUUGUGGCUUAUUUCCCAUUAUAAAUAGUUAAAAUAAUAAAAAGUUUCUUUUAAAUGAGAUAUUUGAAAUUAAAAAUCACACUAAAUUUUCUCUUAGUUUUUCGCUCCUGUAAGUUAUUAAAAUAAACAUUAUAGAAGUUUUCAGGGACUUUCGGCCCUCGGUAAUAACGUAAUCUUUCAUUUUGCGUUUAAAGUUUUUAAAAAUAUUCAUUAGUUUUCUCAGGAUUCGAAAAAAAUGAAUCCAAUUUAAAUAUUAUUGAAGCAGAAAGUUCGUACCCAUCCCCUUAAGGUUUUGAAGCGUAAAAUUUUAGAAAUCUUAUUUUUAAACAAAACUGAACAUUAUUAUGGAGUAAAAGAAAUGUGCAAGUUCCCUAUUUGGUAAAAAAUUCAACUCAACAACCCCAAAAUAAAUCCAAAGAAACGUUUUUAAUAAUAAUUGUGCUCUGAAUAUCAAACAGAUUUUUUGUUUUGUUUGAAACUUUUUGUCAACUUAAGACCAUGAUUUAUUUUUUAACCAAUACUGUAUUAGUAUUGCAAUGUCUACUGGUUUUUAAACUAUGCAGUAAGAUAUGCAGAUGAUAUACCACUAAUAACCUAUUCACAAGAAGAUCUUGGUCAUAUAAUGAAACAAAUUAAAAGAAGUGAAGAAGUAGUCCAUACAUUAUAUUUAUUGCAUAGUAGUGACAAUACUGGAAAAACAUUCUUUAAACUGAAUUGGUUAUAAUUUCAUGUGGUAUACAUUAUUUUUUUUAUCUUGCUACGUGGUUAAAUAGUUGUUCAUUAAUUAACAAACAGUAUGUUCGUAGUAUCUAAUCAUUUAGAAUGGGAAACAAACAAUUUUAGGAUUUUCCAACAAAACUAUUUGUCGAUAAGGUUUUAGUAUUAUUGAAGUGUACUGUUUAAAUUUUUUGGAAAAUAGUUUAUUUAUUUAGUUAUAGUUACCUAAACUGAACCAAAAAACAUAUUUCAAAACCAAUAUAUUUGUUUGAAAUAUAAAUAAAACGUAGAUGCUUUGUGAUAAAAUGUAAUGUAUUAACGUGAAAUUGAAAAUGAAAAAAAAACGUCAAAAGACAGAUUGACAGAUAGAAUUUUUACUUGCUCAUCAGAUGCCCACAUUCCGCAUUUACAUUACUUAUUAUUUUUUAAGUUAAUAAUUGUAAACGACCAAAUACGUAAUAAAGAUAUUAAACGUUGAAACAAUUGUUUUAAAAAUAGAAACAUAAAAUAGUUUUUGCACUCAAGCUGCGUUAGCGGUAUAAAAGACUCUUAUUAAAAUUCACAUAAAGAGAGAUCAAAAUUAACAAUACCAAUAUCAAGGAUCUCUCCAAUAUACAGGGCGUCCCGAAAAGAUUGGUCAUAAAUUAUACCACAGAUUAUGGGGUCAAAAAUAGAUUGAUUGAACCUCACUUACCUAUGUGCAAUAGUGCACACAAAAAAAGUUACAACUCUUUGAAGUUACAAAAUGAAAAUCGAUUUUUUUUGAUAUAUCGAAAACUCUUACGAGAUUUUUUAUUGAAAAUGGACAUGUGGCAUUUUUAUGGCAGCAACAUCUUGAAAAAAAUUAAAGUGAAAUUUGUGCACCCCAUAAAAAUUUUAUGGGGGUUUUGUUCCCUUCAACCCCUCAAACUUCUGUGUACGUUCCAAUUAAAUUAUUAUUGUGGCACCAUUAGUUAAACACAAUGUUUUUAAAACGUUUUUGUCUCUUAUUACUUUUUCGAUAAGCCAGUGUUUAUCGAGAUAUUUUGAAUAUUUGUCGAAUCCACCACGUAUUUGUAUAUGGUUAAGAGGUUAAGUACGAUUAUAGACCUGUUAAUAAUCUGAAAAUUUAUUUAUAAUUUACAUUUUUAGAUAUAUUUUGAAAAAGAAGCCGCAUCUCGAUAAAAGGUGAUUUAUCAAAAAAAUACUAAGAGGCAAAAAAGUUUCAAAAACACUGUUUAACUAGUGAUACCACAAUAAUAGUUUAAUUGGAACGUACACAAACAUUGGGGGGGGGGGGGUUAAAGGAACAAAAUCCCCAUAAAAUUUUUAUGUAAAUAUAUUUAAAAAGAAGCCGCAUCUCGAUAAAAACUGGCUUAUCGAAAAAAUACUAAGAGGCAAAAAGGUUUAAAAACGUUGUGUUUAACUAAUGGUACCACAAUAAUGAAUUAAUUGGAACGUACACAAAAUUUGGGGGGGGGUUUAAGGGAACAAUACUCCUAUAAAAUUUUUAUGUGGUGGACAAAUUUCACUAUAAUUUUGUUUUAAGAUGUUCCUGCCAUAAGAAUGGUACAUAUCCAUUUUCAAUAAAAAAUCUCUAAUAGUUUUCGAUAUAUUGAAAAAAAUCGAUUUUCAUUUUGUAACUUCAAAGGGCUGUAACUUUUUUUAUGAGCACAUUUGUACUAAGGUAAGUUAGGUUCAAUCGAACUAUUUCUGACCCCAGAAUGUUAGGUAUAAUUUAUGACCAAUCUUUUCGGGACACCCUGUAUAUCACAACAUAAUAAAUUGACAUGUGGCUUUAGGGUCAAAUAUCACUUUCGCAUUCCAACAUAGAUUAACAACUGCAGACGUAAAUAUAAAGUGUCUUAUGUAAUGUUUAUACAUGUAAUUAUUAAAGUGCUUAUUAAAUUUAAAAUUAUUUAACUAAUUUUAAAUACUCCUUUUCCCGGAAGUUCAAAAAUAAUCUAUAUACUGCAUUACUUUUACUUAAUGCUUUUAAUCGUAUAUUUGACUAACUAUUCUUGGAUUAAGUGAGCCACUUAAUCAUUUAUUUGAUAAUCAUAACUCAUAAUAUUUAGAGCCACAGUCUCUAAAUAUAUCAAAUUUAUUAUGUUCAAAUAAAUUCUAUACUACAUUUAUAUCACUGGUUACUGUGGUUACAUAUGUCUCAAUGUUCUAGUUUUAAGCUUACAUGUGUUCAUUGAAGAGGUUUUUGUGAAUUUAUACAGGAAUGUUACAUUUUUUUCUUUUUGUAUUAGAUUAUUUUUUGAUUUGAAGAGACAUUUAUUUUGUAUACUUAAUAGUUUAACACUAUUAAGCACAUUUAUUGUUAAAUUAAAUAUAAAUAAGAUUAUUAAGUACAAUUAUUCAAAGAAUAUUCAAAAACAUUGUCAAGGAAAAAUAUUGAAAAAUAAGCCAACGGUGGCAAAUUUUUACAAGAAAAAAUAAAUUUUGCGGUGGAUAUCAGAACUCAUCACUCGAUCAGGUGAAACAAAUAAUUCAAAAAGAUUUUGUUAGCUUAUGAGUUCCUCGAGGUAAUGCUGUCGAGUUUUUUAUUUUUACCGAUUUUUCAGUUCUUUACAUGACUCUGAAGUAAAAAAAAACACGAAAUUCUUUGUAACAAAAGAGUGAAAAUCAACAUAUUAUUGAAAAAAUAAGCAUAAAAACAAAUACAUAUAUCUCGACAGCGUUACCUCAAAAAAUGUCUAAAGAAAAUCUAUGCAAAAUUUCAGGUGGAUUGGUCAAGUAGUUUUUGAGUUACACGUGUCCACCGCCUUUGAAAAUAGAGUUUAAAAAAAAACUCGUUUAAAGUGUGGACAACUUCGUUUUCAUCUUCUUAUUUCUCUGUAAAAUCGUAAAGUAAUUCACACUAGAAUAUAUUUUGAAUCGUGGAGUAAUCUACAAAAGAGAAGAGGAACAGUUGUUGAACGUUUCUCACUACGCUUAAGCGUGCUGAUGCGAAACCGCGGUAAUGAAGAUAGGAAUAUUCAACAAGCUGUAUUUCUGGUAAUUUUACUCUGAUCCAUCUGAAAUUGUCAUAGAGUAUUCUUGGAGUUGUGCAGUUUUAUUUAAAAUGAGAAAAAAAUUAAGAAUUUCAAACCAUACCCUCCCUCCUUUAACGGAAGGAUUUGUGUGAGGAUUGUUUUAUGUAUUUUCAGUUUAUGUUACACAGGAUAUUAGAUUACAACCAGUAGAGAAAUUAAAAAUGUAUUUGUUUUAUUAUACUGUCGUGCUAUUAUAUUUCAUCACAUGCCAUUUCUCUUUCUACACAAAACCCGUACCCUUCUGUUAUUUUUGUUCUAUUUGUUGAUUGUUUAAUUAUGUAUUUUUUUAUUUCUUUUUUUUUCCAUUUUUUUUCUUCAUACUUUUUUUGUUGGGUUUUUGUUGUCUCCUUUACGUUCUUUACUGCCAUACCAGCAUCAGCUAUUGUUGACAUUUUCCUACAAUGGUUUGAGUGCUCAUCAGGGUAUAUAUCCAGUCCAAAAUAUUUAUACUCUUUAUAUUCAUGAAUCUAUUAUCCAAUUUAAAAGAGUAGGCAUCGUUGUACUCACCCUAACGCAUGAAUUCCAUUUUUUACUGUGGGUGCGUUUUUCUUGAAUAAUUCGUUUAUUUGCGUAAGUUUAUGUGAGUACAGGAUAUGUCCCAUACUUCUUUUUCUUGUCUCUUUCUUUUUUAUUACUGAACUUUGCUGGGAUUUCUUCUAGCCUGUUGUUCGUAUUCCUUUAGUAAUAAUUACUUAUUUGUUUGUCGAAACGUAAAGUCUUAGAUUUAAAAUAUUGUUUAUUAUAUUUUUAUUUCAAUUAUUCUAAUUGUUUAAAAAGUAGUAAACUGUGUAUCUAGGGCUUUUCGUUGUUUUCCUCGUAAUACGAGAGAUGUCGCUAGAUUGCGUCUCAAAAGGUGGAAUCAUUGUAUCGCGAUGGUUUCCUUAAAUAGGCAGAUUGUCGAUAUUUCUUUCAGAGUUGUGACUGCAUAGCUUCACUGAGGAUGCUGAAAUAGCUAUAUGGAGAUGGUGGUCCAACUCUGAAUCAAAUAUGAACAAAAACUGCCUUUAUCUUUUUCAUCUUUGCUCAGAUUUGAGUAUUUAGAAACUGUCUUUCGGUCCUCUUUCUAGACGAAGAGAAGGUAAAUGCGUGGCCUAAGUGUCCUCUAUUUGCUUUCUCCUAUUUUCGUCGUCUCUGUGCUUAUAUAUUGUAAAAGCCGGAGAUACAGGAUGCAGCCAGAAAGCAGUUUAUUAACGAAAAGAUUUAGAUUUAAAAUAUUGUUUAUUAUAUUUUUAUUUCAAUUAUUCUAAUUGUUUAAAAAGUAGUAAACUUUGUAUCUAGGGCUUUUCGUUGUUUUCCUUGUAAUACAAGAGAUGUCGCUAGAUUGCGUCUCAAAAGGUGGAAUCAUUGUAUCGCGAUGGUUUCCCUUAAAUAGGCAGAUUGUUGAUAUUUCUUUCAGAGUUGUGACUGCAUAGCUUCACUGAGGAUGCUGAAAUAGCUAUAUGGAGAUGGUGGUCCAACUCUGAAUCAAAUAUAAACAAAAACUGCCUUUAUCUUUUUCAUCUUGAUUCAGAUUUGAGUAUUUAGAAACUGUCUUUCGGUCCUUUUCCUAGACGAAGAGAAGGUAAAUGCGUGGCCUAAGUGUCCUCUAUUUGCUUUCUCCUGUUUUCGUCGCCUCUGUGCUUAUAUAUUAUAAAAGCCGGAGAUACAGGAUGCAGCCAGAAAGCAGUUUAUUAACGAAAAGUCUUAGAUUUAAAAUAUUGUUUAUUAUAUUUUUAUUUCAAUUAUUCUAAUUGUUUAAAAAGUAGUAAACUUUGUAUCUAGGGCUUUUCGUUAUUUUCCUCGUAAUACGAGAGAUGUCGCUAGAUUGCGUCUCAAAAGGUGGAAUCAUUGUAUCGCGAUGGUUUUCCUUAAAUAGACAGAUUGUUGAUAUUUCUUUCAGAGUUGUGACUGCAUAGCUUCACUGAGGAUGCAUGAGGAUGCUGAAAUAGCUAUAUGGAGAUGGUGGUCCAACUCUGAAUCGAAUAUAAACAAAAACUGCCUUUAUAUUAUUUGUUUGUAUUAUUGCCUCAACAUUUAUGGCUAGACUUUUAUGAUCAUCAUCACUAUGGCGUUACAACUCUCCUUGAAUAUUUGCCGCGCUUACUAUUGCCUUCCAUGUUUGUCGGUCAUGUGCCACUAUCUCCCAUUAUCUCACUCCCAUUUUCUCUAGAUCCCUCUCUUUGUAUCCCUCCACCUGAAAUGCUGAUAGUAUUGAUAUCAAAAGUUUGUUAAGUCAGCGUUGUAGUCUGGUAUUCUAGAAACCAUGAAUGAUAAAACUAUGUUUAGAAUAUUGGAUCUGAUGAUUGUGUAUAAAACAAUUAAUAUCUAAGUUGAUGAAGUUGAUUAUUAAGUGUGUCUUUGCUGAACGAUUUUAUCUAUGGACAAGUGAAUUAUAGGAUAUUUAGUGUGACCAACUCCAAUUCAGUCAAAUUCGGGACAAGACUGAUAAGAAUACCUGAAAUCCGGGACUUUUCAAUGAUAAGCGGGUAAUUUUUUUUCAAUAUAGAACUUUAAUAUCAUUAUUUUAUUGAUUAUACAGCUUACGAACAAUAUUAAUAUUUUUGUGCUGACAAUGAUAUUUUUGGUGGGAUUAAACCACAAUUGGUUUCAUAUAAUAAUUACAUUUUUGUUAGUUUUUGACGUUUCGACUUCCAAUCCGGAAAUGAUCCUCAAUAAAUGAAAAAUUAUAAAAUCAACUGAUGUUGGAUUUCCAUCUUUUUUUGUCCCACCAAUUCAAUUUGAUCUGAAUUCCUAGAAGAAUAUCAUAUUCAAAAUAGAAUUUUACCAAAACGUUGAAAAUUCGGAUGGCCCGGAACACCGGGGCACGACUUCGUAAUUCGGGCUAUGUCCCGGAUUUUUCGGACUAGUUGGUCAUACUAAGGAUACUGUUUCUGUAUUCUAUAAGAUAUUUUUAUACUCUGAAGAAAAAAACUUCAUUUAUUUUCUUUUUACCACUUGUGAUAUAAAGUAGGUAUAUAAGUUAUUUACAAAAAAAAAUAUACUUUGUCUACACGUUAAUUCACAUGAUCUUUACAUUUGGUAAAACAGCUGAUUUUGGACUACCGCCUUGGUUUUUACAUGAAAACGGAACCAACCAACUUACUGGAGGAGAAGAGGAGUUUGUUGAAAAAAAUGUUGCAUUUUUUAUAAUAAACUAUUUCGUGUUUUUCGCAAAAAUUUGAUAGUUUUUUCAGAGUAUAAAUAGAAAAAUAAACAAUUUAGCAGAGACACAAAUUAAAAUAAAACAUGUACUAUAAGAUCUACCUAUUAUAAUAAUUUUUAUCUGUAAUAAAUCGUCAAACAUU